ACAGUGAAUCAGUUGAGCCGAUUCCAUGCUUACUCUGUGAACUGGGUUUGUGAAACGAACCGUUCGAAAGAACCGAUUCGCGGAAACGAGUCGCUAGGCGGAAGCAAUGAUCAGCGUCGUCGCGGUGUAGCCGGUGAUAUUUUCAGGUUGCACAAAACCGUGGAGGCAGUAACAUUUCACAGAAAAACAUCACACUGGUAGCCGGAUAAAACAUGUCAACGAAACAGGUGACCUGCAGGUAUUUUCUGCACGGGGUCUGUCGGGAGGGCAGCAGGUGCAUGUUCUCUCAUGAUCUGGCCACAAGCAAACCUUCAACCAUCUGUAAAUACUACCAGAGAGGAGUGUGUGCGUAUGGAGACAGAUGCAGAUAUGAUCACGUCAGGCCUGUCAGCCGUGGCAGCGGCCCAUCGGCGGAGCAGCCGAGCAGCAGCAGCAGCGCAGGAGCGUCGGCCCCGGGGCCCGGACCCCCGUCAAACACAAGCAAACAUGCCAAAAGACCUCUGGUGCUGAGAGACAAAGCGCUGGGCUCUGACAGCAGAGCGGGGCCCGGUGUGAGGGACUGCUGGCACGACGGCGCUCACGGCAAACCUCACUCUUACCUGGAUGCCAUCCGCUCCGGCCUGGAGAGUUCGGCCGACCCGUGUCCCGACCUGGGCCAGCAGCCGCAGCUCUGCCCGUACAUGGCGGCGGGACCGUGUCACUACGGCGACAGCUGCCCCUAUCUCCACGGCGAUCUGUGUGAAAUAUGCCGGCUGCAGGUUUUGCAUCCGCACGACCCUGAGCAAAGAGCAGCGCAUGAGAAGAUGUGCAUGACGGCCUUCGAGCUGGACAUGGAGAGAGCGUUUGCAGUGCAGCAGAGUCAGGACAAGCAGUGUAAGAUCUGUCUGGAUGUGGUGUAUGAGAAGACGUCUCCGUCGGAGCGGCGCUUUGGCAUCCUCUCCAGCUGCUGCCACUCGUACUGCUUGAGCUGCAUCCGGCAGUGGCGCUGCGCCGAGCAGUUCCAGAACCAGAUCCGCAAGUCCUGUCCCGAGUGCCGCGUGGUGUCGGAGUUCGUCAUACCCAGCGUGUACUGGGUGGAAGACCAGGAGGAGAAGAACCGUCUCAUUGAGGAGUUCAAGUCUGGAGUCAGUAAGAAGCCCUGUAAAUACUUCGACCAGGGCAGAGGAACGUGUCCGUUUGGAGGGAAGUGUUUCUACAUGCAUGCGUACGCUGACGGGACACGAGCAGAACCAGACAAACCCCGCAAACAGCUGAGCGCAGAGGGGAACGUGCGGGUAACAGCCACACACUCACUCACUCACUCACACACACACACACACACUCACUCACUCACUAGGAGCUGCUUCACCUUCAUAAAAAAUGUUCAUUCACCUCAGCAGGUUUAA